AUGCAGAUUGAUGAAGCCGUCUCCCCAAAGACUGAGAUCACACCUCAGAGUUAGUCUCCAUUCUUGCUCUUUCUAUACUUGACUUACUCUGGUUGUCGUUCACCGUGGCACUCGUUGCUAACAUAUAAAUAACAGAAGCCAAUCAAGUAAAGACUCCUGGCGAGGUUAUCGAUAAGCGAGAAUCUGUUCUCAGCAGCAGUGCCGAUAACAAGCAAUCAAGCAGUAAGUUGUCACCAAGACUUAUCAAUCAUCUUCCUCAGUUAUGAAACCACGACUGACAUCAAACUGAUAGUUGAGCUCAAGCUUGGAGGCGAUAUUGAUACUCUUCAAAACGUCACCCCCUUCGCGGCUGCCACCCUCCAGAGUUCUCCAAAGGUUAGAGAUGCCUCCGAAAAGGCCGACACCGAUGCAACUAGCAAAAGCAUGACCAAGAAGUCCCCAAACACUAAACACAGUGCUGCUCCCGAGAAUGCCGACACUGCCAUCACUCCUAUGACCAAGAAAUCUGCCGAGAUCAAAGGUAGUGACGUUGCUCCCGGGAAGGCUCGUCCUACUACCAAUACCAAUAAAGGCAUCACCAAGGUUUCUCCAAAGGAGAUUACACCGACAUCGAAGAAGCGCAAGGCAGAUCUAGACCCCUUGGAACCCCAACCUAAAUCAGUUCCCGCGAAGAAGAAGCUAAAGGUUGACAACCAUACCACUUCGACUACUGCCACCGGCAAGACUACUGGGGUUAAGGCGCAGCCACACAAGGCAGCCUCUAAGUCAAAGAAGUUCGACUCUCAGAAGCCAAUCUGGGAGUCCGACUCAGAAUCUGAUGACGAUGGCUCAAUGCCUCAACACAUAAAGGAAUACUAUGAAAAGGUCGAAAGCAGAGCCAGACACAUAUCACCCCCCGUCAGCCCUCUCACUACAGACUUUGCCGUUCCCAAAGUUUUUGCCAUUAACAAGCAAACCAAAGGUUUCCUCAAAGCCUCUUCAAGAAUAAACAAACGCAGAUUUCGCGAUGUUAUCAUUGGGGAGGCAAGUCCAUAUACGAAACCCAAGCUCGGCUUUACCGCUGGACUCUCAAACUCAGAUGAGAGCAAGGCGUCAUCAGGGGCUGACGAGAAAGUGCAGAUCAUCAAAUCUACCCAGGAUGACAGCGCAAAUUCGACAUCAAACAACGGGAAGGUCUCUAUUAAGGAGGAAGGAGAGAUGUCCAAAUGUGAUGAGGAGGGUGACAUUGUCAUGGGCUCAGAUGGAGAUGAUGCAAACCCGGAGAAGGAGGAGGGAGAAAUCUCCGAGUCUGAAGAUGAGAAGAGCAAAGUCGUGAAUUCGAUUGAGCACAAUGCACCAUUGGGCAAGGACAAGAACAAGCAAACCGGUCAAACAUCAACCCCAAAUUCUCGUCUUACACCAUCGAGUCAGGAUGAGGAAUCUGCACACGCUGAGAGAAAGGCUGCCCUCGAGCAACUAGUCAACAAUAAAAAGCGCAAGGCGAGAGGUUAUCCCGAUUCCGACGAUGAUGAAUCCGAGGAUGAAGUCCGUGAGAACAAGAGAGCUCGAGUCCAUACCUCAGAACCUCUCGAAAACCAUAGACGAGUAUUAGCGCCAAAGCGAGUGGCACCACCUAAGCAAAAGCAAGUUGCAUCCACCAAGCAAGCUUCGUCAAGCAAGCAGGUUGGCUCUUCUAAGCAAGUUGCAUCAUCUAGGGGACCAGCCAAUCGGUCAUCCAAUCGACCAACACCAGCGCCAGGUACUCCUCUUCCGGCAGACAUCACCAGAAAUCCAGAGCGGGGACGAUGGGUCAGCCAGCGAACUACCAACUACCAACCCCCAGCACCGACCCCUCGUACUCGAUAUCCUCGUCGUCCAACACCAGAAUACGAGAAGCCUGAUCGUGUUGCAGCUCGAAAGGCCUUUGAACGUGCUCAGCGUGAGAUGAGUGAGUAG